CUCGGUUAAAAAAGAAAUCCCGAAAACAUCAACACUAAAGAAAACACCACUGACAAAAACAACCAUUAAAAAACCCAAGGACGAUAAAUCGUCAGUUUCUACCACAAAUAAAGUGAAAGCUAAACCGCCCGUUAAAUCGGUUGCUGAUGAUGAAUCUGAAGGUUCAAAAAAACCAGAAAUCAUGGAUGAUCAUCCCCACGAAGGCUCAGAUUCACAAGCCGGCAAAGAUUCUGAGGAAGAAAUAAAUUCACAAGUUUCUCACGAAAAAGAAUCAAUCGCUGAUUCUGAAGAAGUUCACGACCAUGAUAAUCAUACUGAUCAUCAUGCAGAAGAAGAAUCUCAUCAAAAUUCAUCUCACGAUGAUUCAUCUUCCUCGGUAAUUGAAGCUAGUCAAGAACAUGAGGAACAUGCGUUAGCAGUCGAAACUCAUGAGGAACAUGCGUUAGCAGUCGAAACUCAUGAGGAACAUGCGUUAGCAGUCGAAACUCAUGAGGAACAUGCGUUAGCAGUUGAGACUCAUGAAGAAGAGGCGUUAGCAGUUGAAACUCAUGAGGAACAUGCGUUAGCAGUUGAAACUCAUGAAGAAGAUGCGUUGGCAGUUGAAACCCAUACAACUCAAGACACUGUGUCGGUAGUUGAUUCUCAUCAUGAAGAAGAAAAUUCAACUGUUGAUUCCCAGGAAGCUCGUGACGAAGAAGUUGUUUCUACUACUGAAAGUCAUGAGAUUCAUGAAGCAUCCGAUAUCGAUAACCAAGAAGCAGAAAAUACUAAAGAAAUCUCUACUCAUGAAUUAACGACCGCUACUGAUAAACAAGCCGUUGUUGAAGAUGUCAAGAAUAUCGUGGAAACUCUCACUGAAGUUCAUGAAACGGAAGAUGAAACUCAAGUUAUCACCACUGAGACGGUUGAAAUUGAAGUAUAA